AUUUUAGCCUUCCUUGAGACGGAGACUUUAGACUUCCAACUUCCAUAGCUUUCUGUUUUUUUCUUUUUUUUUAAUUAAAUCUUUGACGUGUCCGAACAAGAUCUUGAAGAAACAAAAGAAUGUCAACGUUCCCCGACUCGUUCACUCAAACCGGCGACCAUUCGGUCGACUCUUUCGACUCAGUUCCACACCAGGAAGACGAAGACAGCGGCUACGCCGGGUUCGACCCGUCUCAGCAAUUCGACUCUUUCGCGGCCGCAGAGUCGGACCAUGCCAAAGACUCGACUGAUGACAUGCUUGCAUCGCAGCCGUAUACGAAUGGAGAAGGGUUUGGCCAAGAUUUUGAUGGAUCGAACGGCCCUAUUUUGCCUCCGCCUUCGGAGAUGGAGCCCGAGGAAGGCGUUGCUCUCAGGGAAUGGAGAAGGGAAAAUGCGAUUCGAUUGGAGGAGAAGGAGAAGAGGGAGAAGGAGUUGUUGAGCCAAAUACUUGACGAAGCUGAUCAAUACAAAGUUGAGUUUUAUAAAAAGAGGGAGGUCACCUGCGAAAACAACAAAGCAGAUAACAGAGAAAGGGAGAAGAUAUUUGUAGCCAACCAAGAGAAGUUCCAUUCUGAGGCUGAUAAACAUUACUGGAAAGCCAUAGCAGAGCUCAUUCCUAAUGAAGUGCCAGCUAUAGAGAAGAAAGGAAAAAAAGAUAAGGAGAAGAAGCCUUCCAUUGCCGUGGUCCAAGGUCCAAAGCCCGGAAAACCGGCUGACCUUUCAAGGAUGAGACAGAUACUCUUGAAAUUGAAGCACAAUACACCUUCCCAUUUGAAGCAUACUCCACCACCAGCACCUGCCCCUGCAAAAGAUCAAGAUUCAAAAACCAGUAAUACUCCUGUCACAGCUACUCCUCCUGUCACUGGCACCCCUGAGACUGUAGUUGCUGCUUAGUAUUAACAUUUGUCAGCUUCUGUAACCAAAACUAUCUAAGGGUAUCUUGUUAGUAUUAUUGUAUUUAGCCUUUCAUCAUCAGUAGUAGGCUAAAUUUGGUUGUAUGAGGUUAUAAAU